AUGGCGUCCGGUGCCAUCCUCAUCCUGGGCUCUCUCUGGAUCCAAAGUUUGGCUGAAGCCUGUGAGGUGAAGGAGCUGCCCAGAAGGGCUGUGCUGUCCUGGUUCAGAGAGCGGGUUCUGGAGGGCUUGGGACUGGAGGAGCCCCCCGUGGUGCACAGACGUACGAGGGUCCCCAGGUCGAGCAGAACAGCGUGGGAGAGCCGUUGGACCGGUCCAGACCGAGAUUCGACUCAAAUGAUUCUGUUCCCCACUUCUAACUCCUCCUGUGCUGACUCAGCGUUGGGAAAAAGGACCAGCAGUUGCUCCACUCUUUACUUCCAGCCCUCCGUCACCCUCCGAGAUGCCACAAUCACCUCUGCUCACUUCUGGUUUUUUGCAGGGGAAGGAGUGAACUCCUCUGCCCCGCUCCUCAUUCUCUCCCCAAAGCAGCAGCUUCUUCAGGCUCCGGCAGAGCUCAGCUCGGACGGAUGGAGCACCUACCGCCUUGACGAAAGUUUGCUGGCCUCUGCGGCUGAAGGGCCCUUUCUGUUUCAGAUCUGCUGCCGGUGUCUGUGCCACACAGACAGUCCGGACAAGACUCCCUUUCUCCACCUUUACAUCCAGCUCAGAGCCCCUGUCCGUUCUCGCCGGGAGGCAACCGUCCCUUGGUCUCCCUCUGCCGUCAACCUCCUGCAGCGGCCGUCACAGGAGAGACCCCAGCAGGACGACUGCCACAGAGAGGAGAUCCAGAUCAGCUUUGAAGAGUUGAACUGGGACAACUGGAUUGUCUUCCCCAAGGUGCUGACCUUCUACUACUGCCACGGGAACUGCUCGGCCUGGGAUCGUAUGGCUGCUUUGCUAGGAAUGAUUCAGUGCUGCGCUCCCGUCCCGGGGACCAUGAGGUCUCUGAGGAUCACCACCACGUCAGACGGCGGGAAUUCUUUCAAAUAUGAGACCCUGCCCAACAUCUUAGCUGAGGAGUGCACCUGCAUCUGA